AUGCGUAAUAGGCGAUAUCCGUUCGAGACUCAAAUGUGCCCACGCGCAGGCAGCGUGUGGGUGUCAGAAGCGAUAACCCAUUACUGGAAAAACUCCAAAUCACAGCUCAAGACUCCUACUCUAGGUGAAACACCCUAUUUGGAACCACUUUUAUUCUUGGACCUACUCCAAAAACUGACCGGAAGUGGCCGGAAUCUCAUCCCGAAACCUGGCCGGAAUCCAAUUCAAAGAUCAGACAUCCUAGGCUAA